AUGCGCGUGUGUUUUGAUAACCUCUGCUUUGGAUCGUCACAGCGAACAGCUGGUGACGAUGAGCCGAGGGCCUUAGUGAACACAGGAGGAGGAGCGCUUACCGUGGCGCCUACAGUGAACGGCGAUAGACGUGCUUUAAACGAAACAUAUAGAGAGAUUGAAUUAAACGGGAUAAUGGGGACUCCUAGUGCAAUGAAUGCUGAUUCUGAAAAUUGCGUUGCUAAUGCAACCAUGGCAAACGAUAUGCAACCACUAAUUGAACGAAUUAGGGAAUUGGAGGCGUUGCUAAAGCAACGGGACCAGGAAAUGCUGGAACUGCGCUCGCAAUUAGACAAAUUGCAGAGCGUUUUCCCAUACCAGCAGUAUGCUAGAGGAUCGCGAGCUCCUAGGAAGCAAAGAGCACAGGGAAUCUCUGCUGAGCCACAAACUAGCUCCUCUCUGCAGGACUUGACUCACCAGACAUUCCCCACCUACGACAAGAGCGAAAAGUAA